GUGUUUGAAUUUCAAACUUCAAACCUUAGCUUCAAACUUCGAAGUUCAAACUUCAGACCGCAAGCUUUGAGUGCCGACAACUUGGCUUUGCCCCUUUUUAGCGCCACCAUCCUUACGAUUUUCCCGCCUCUUCUACUCUCUUUUGCAGAUCGAUUUUUUAUCAUCAACCUACGGUAGAGUCCAUUGCGCUCUCAACAAGGCCCGUAUUUUCCUCCAAGUAUCAGCCUUCCAGGUCAGUAUAAAGCCAGCUUUGUUAGUCAUUCUUCCCACUCUCUUCCGAUUAGACUGCACUCUUAAGUUAUCCUCCACAGCUUCCUCUUAUCCACCACUCUUUUUCUUACAUUGUUACGCCCGUGUUCCAUGGCGCCCAAGAGCAACCCGGUUCCUGCGGAAGUGUUGGCAAUGGUUCAGCGUUAGCAACCCAGCCAUGGUGUGAAGGCCAAUCAUCUGACUCUCCGUGGUCAUUACAACAAGCAAAGUCAGCCACCUCAAGGCUCUGGUGUUGCUCCGCAGCAAUCGUUCAAGACGCCAUCAACUUUGGCUGCAUCUCGGAAUAGCAUACACCUGCUCUCGGCUAUCUUGGAGAAAGCACCACAUGUCGAUACCCCGCUUCAGCAGGCUACAGCCGUUGAUCUGUCUGUCGGCCAAGAGUUGGAAGUUGGCGGAUCUGAUCCUGGCUUAAUUCUUUCCAGCCAGAACGCUCAGGGUCCAGUGGAUGCUUCAGUUGAUACCUCGCUGGAGCAGCCCACUGUUUAGCAUAUUUCAGCUCCAUCAAUCCAGGCUCCAGCUGCUCCUGUGCCUGGUGUCAUUCCCUCAACGGCUGAAGGUGCUCCCCUUUUUGCUCCGCCAACAUCUGACCCAAUCCCUGGAAACGGUCAGCACCAGCAUGGUCCUGCAGGAGCUGAGGAGAUCAUUCUGCCACCGGCGUACACCAGUGUUGGCAACCGACUGUUGAAGCGAGCAUCAGGUGCAGAAGCGAUUGAUGACACGGCUCUGCUCUACAACAAGAGAGCUAGGAAGGAACCUAAGAUGAACGAUGACCUUCGCCUGAGGAACAUGCAGCUCAUGGAGGAAACGCUUGCUGCCAAGGCGGACCUGGAACGGCAGACGCUGGUUACAACAACGUCGCUGAAGGUGGUAGAGAACCUGGUCAACCAACUUCAGCAGCACGUGCUCACGCCCAAGCGGGUGAAUGACAUUAUGAAGCAGGCUGUUGGACUUACCAUCAGCAAGGCCCCAUAUAUCAACUACGCCCCGGACGAAGCUCAUUGGUUGAAGGUUUUUGUUGAGCUGGCCAACGUUCAGCCGGAAUCUGAGACGGCGUUCAGGCUCAAGCUUGAACUGUCCAAUUCCGAUGUCCUUGAGUGUACCGCUAAGAUGUACAACAAUCGUAUCGGGAAGAAACUUUCCCUAAUCAGGUUUGCAGCUCUCAUAAACGCCCCACUGAAGUUCGUCACUACGGACAUCAGCAGUGACGGAAAGAAAACUCGGAAGAUGGAAGCAGAUUUUGCUCUGAAGUGUCAUCAGUGGGUCGAAGACAAUGGCCUCAACGACACCGGGAUCCCGUGGCAUGAGUGGGAAGGGGUUCCCUUCUCAAGCCCUGCCCUUCUUGCUAUUGGGAAGUUGUGGACCGGAAAUUCUGGUCCUGUGAUUGCCCUGCAUCGCCACCAGCUCACACUCACCAUGGCUGUGGUUCGUCACAAGUUGCGCCAUCCCAACAUGGCACGUGUUCAGUUGGAACAGUCGGGAGAUCCGGAUGCGCUAGGGAGGCAGGAACGCGUCCUUCAGCGUCUGCUGAACCGCUUCAAGGCUUCCAAGCACAACGGAAACAACUACUUCAUUGGGAAGCUCCACCUUAUAGAGUGGGAGGAUGUCCCUGCGAACAUCCUUGCUCUUGAUGUCCUUGGGGAUCGGGAUGCAACUGACGUCCCUGAUGCAAACUUCAAUGGAGAGGGCUUGGAGGUGAUUUUCUGAGUGCUAUGGAGGAGCAACUGUGGGCAUUGUCCAGUCAUCAUGCUGUUGGAUAGUGGCUAUGGAUGGGGGAUUUGAUACUGGCAUUGGAUUCUAUGUUUUCUCUUGUCGAUUGUUUGUUGUAAUAAUAAUCUAACCAUUUA